GGUAGUAGUUGGUAAUCUGAUGAAAAAAAUGGCGCUUUUAAUUUCAACGAUAAUGUUUAACGAUGGGAAUAUAUACUGUCGUGUUUUGAAUGGGUUUUGGAUGUAAUACAAUGUCAAGAUUUUGUUCAUAUAAAAACAGUGUUCCAUUAGAUCAAAGAAAGCUAGAAAAAAUGUGAAUGAAAGAAAUGAAAGAAAGUAAAAGAGAGAAACAGUAGAGUUCAGUUUUUCUAGAAAACACCAGGGAAAACACCAGUUUUAUGUGAAAUAAAUUUAAAACAACAACCACAGUCAGAUAAUGACAGAAAAAGUUCAUGAGUAUGCAUGCAAAUUAACGUGUUAUUGUGUGACAGCCACUUAUGCUGUGCAAGAAGUUAUUCGAUGUUUGUCCAAGCAAUGUGACGUAUAUAAAAACCUCACAGAUGUUGAUCCUGAAAGGGCAUUUUCAUCAGUAAUAUCAGCAUGUAAGGAAUCUUUGGGUUAUGUUAAAUCAAUCAAAUACAGUAAUAACAAGGAUAAGUUAUAUGCAUCAAAAGGUGUUGUUAAAGAGGAAGUCAAUGUAAAUGCUUUUGAUAUAACUGCACUCAUAGACUUUCUAGAAAAUUUACCAGCUUUUCCUUUGUGUAAAAUAAAGUAUAUUGCGGCGGAUGUAACACAUGUGAAACACGGUGAUGUAAGCUGCGGAGAUGUUAAAAAGGUAUGUUGUGCAAUAUGUUUACAUUGCACAAAAUGUAAAAAAGAUUGUAAAUUUAUAGAAUUAUGUUCAAAGUUAAGGAUUAUUCAAACUCUACGGAAUUAUUAUUCUCAUAAAACUUAUGAAAAUUAUGCAGAAAUUGAAGCAGAAUUAAAGAAUGAGCCACCAGGUCCACUAGCAACAGAAUGGAAGAAGAACCUGAAGUCUUGGGAAGAAGCAAUAAAAUGGUUAUUAGGUUUUUUAAAGAAACAUUCCCAUAUAACAGAAGAAACUUAUGGAACUAAGGUAUUCGAAGUUGACAUAGUAAAAAGGUCGAAAAAAGAAGUUUAUUGGAAUUAUUUCAACAAAGCACCCGAGCUAAAGCUUCUUGUAAAUAAUAUUCCUAAUAAGCGAUUAGAGUUUAGUGUUGAAUGUGAUUCAACAUCGCCCAAUUUAAAGAAGGUUAAAGAUUUGAACUCCCAACCUUCCAAGAUUUUUCAAAGCAUUGUCGAAAUGAAGGCCUCAGACUUGUUGGAAAAACAAUUAUGUUUAGAAAACUCGUCAGAAAAAUAUCGUAUUGAUAUGGAUACCAUGAAGUUUACUAAUAAUGGCCAACAGGAAAAUCUUAUGUGUGUUUGUGCCACAUUUCAUGUUAAUGGUAACAUACCUGAUAGCUUUAAUAAAAUGACAUCGAAAGAACCUGAAAAAUUAAGGCUUGAUCUUACUAAUUUAUUCCAAUCAGAGCUUUGUAAAAUAUUUCAAGCAGUUGUUAAAGUGACUUGCGUAGGGUGGGAGUUUCAUUCAAUUCACGUCCAUUUUGAGAUAAAUUUCAUGAAUUCGGAAAUCCAAGCCUUAAAAUCUGUCAUCCAAAACGCACUUUCAGAUAUAAUUAAAAUUUCACAAGUGGGAAGCAUUUUGAAAAAUUAUGAUUUAGAGAAUUGUGAUGUUGAUAUUUCAUUUAAAGAAUUUGAAAGUUGUGUGUAUAGUCAAAGGCUUACUGUUGGAUUCACCAUAACUAUCUAUGAUGAUGGUCUCAUUGAUACAGUUGAAAAAAUAUUACCAAGCAUUGAAACAGAACUACACAGUGAAAUUAGCAAGAAAAUUGCCAAAUCAUCCUAUACUCAGACGGAAGAGAAAUUUGAAGAGUACAUUAUUACAGAAAAACCAUCACAAAGUGUUUUUAGCCAUUGCAAACUAGGAAAAGGUACUAUUUUGUCCUCAGUCGUUGAAGAGAAAUAUAAUAUACAGCCAACAAUUAAAAAUAGAAAAGCCAUCCUAAAUGAAGAUAUUUACAGUUACGAUGUCGAUAUUGACGACAUUUACAGAAGCAAGUCAAACAAUAUUGUAGCUGCAAAAUUAGCUCUUCAAUAUCCAAUGGAAUUUCCAAGUGAACCUGUCUGUGAUGGGGAUUUUUUAUAUACAAAGCAUCCGAUUUCAUCUUCAAAGAUUGUGCUUUCGGUUACUGAUGAAGAUGGAACACUGCACCAGGUUGUAAUAAAAUUACGUGGAAAAGUUAACCUUGUAGAUCUGAAAAAGGCUGCUUCGUCGAUGGUGAAGGAGCCUGGAAUCAAAGGUGUUUUAAAUCAAGCAAGAAAGUUAUGUUACAAUCCCAUCUCCAUGACCUACGUAACACAUUCGGGUGCUGUUAAUGUCAGUAUGAUAUGGAGUCCGUGGUCUGACUUUUCGUCAACUGCCUUCAUUAAACACUGGGAAAUGAAUUUUUUGUCAAGAGAAGUGUUCCACAAAAGUGUAUCUGUGAUUGAAUAUUUGCAUGAAUUAACAGGAUUUGAUGCAACAAAAUCUCCAAGAAAGUUAACAGAAAAAGAGCGAAAACUUCUGUUGAAUCAUAUAAAAGACUUUGAAGUAAAGCUUACCUAUGAUGGAACACAAUUUUAUGUCAAUGAUGUUAUGACGAAGGGACCAAAAGAACUGACAUUUGAAAAGAAGCAGCCUGAUGGAAUAAAAAGGAAAUAUACCAUUGAAGAAUACUUUAAACAUGAAAAACAAACCACUUUAAAAUAUCCUGAUCUCCCAUGUCUGCACGUUGGAAGUGUUCACAGGAACAUAUACAUUCCCAUGGAAUUAUGUAACCUCAUGAGUACAGAAAAAAGAUUAAUAGUUCCGUACAAAUGUUUGGAAAGAACAGAUGAUAAUUUCAAACAUCAAGUGAAUGAGAUGCUACAGGACCUUGAACAAAACGCUACUGUGAGUUCAUGGGGGUUGGUGUUUCAUAACAUAGAAGCACCCAUACCUGAAGAAGACGUGGAGAAAUUUCAAACAGAGCUAAUAAAAUCUAGCGCAUCUGUUGGGUUAAAAAUCGGGCCACCAUUGUUUUGUGAGAAAUUUAGCGAAAAUGAUACAGCAGAGAGAGUUGUUUGUGAAGCAUUUGAAAGAGAUAGGAAGAUUGAGUUCCUUCUGGUGGUAUUAAAUGGGAGAUCAAAAUUUUAUGGGAACUUGAAAAACAUAUGCGAGAGUGAGCUUGGAUAUAACGUUAUUGUUGAUGGCGAGAUCAAGUCUGUAUUUAAAGAACGGGGUCUGGUUACCCAGGGUGUUACACUUCAGAAUUUUCAAAAACACAAUAAAGAGUUGGUUGAUAAUUUGUCCAUUCAGUUGCGCGAAAAGAUAGGUGCUGUUUUGACUGAAAUUGUUGCAGAAAAACCUGAGAGACCAUUACACUUAUUCAAGGAACCUGUUAUUUUCAUUGGUGCUAGUCUAACUUUUCAGGCUUCAGGAGAAUGUUUUGCAGCAGUUGUUGGUAGUGUGGAUCACCUUCCAAUGCGAUAUGAAGCAAGUGUAUUUCUGCAAACCAAUGAAAAAGCUGUUAUCCUCGAUCUUUUAAAAGCAACAAAAAACUGCUUGUUAAGUUUUUGGAGAAACCUAGGAGUAAAGCCAUCAAAACUUAUAUAUUAUCGCCUUCGUGUGCACGACAGAGAAAUACCAACGGUUUUAAACGCAGAGUUGUAUGCGCUUCAAAAGGCAUGCACUGGCCUACAUCCAGACUAUCAACCAGGGAUUACGUUCAUAUCAGUUAAAAGAAAACCAUUUCUUGUUGACGAGAAGAAAAUUCUGAACGUACCUGGAUAUUGUCACGCUGGAUUCAAGGAAAGCCGACCAUUCAUUUACCACAUUUUAUGGGACGACAGUGGUUUCGCAAUUGAAGAUUUGAAAAAGUUAUCUAUUUUUCUCUGUCAUGCUUCUCCAUGCUAUUAUUAUGCUCAUCUGGUCAGCGAAAGAAUGAAGUAUUUCAUUACGACAAAGAGAAAAAAUAAACCAUCUGAGGGUACACGGGGCAGUGGAAAAAUGUCGUAUGACAUCACAGAGCGUAUGAAACAACACCCAGCGUUAGGGAACAAAUUUUUGUAUACGAGAAAGAAUGAAGACGGGGAUUCAUGCAGCAUUGUCACCAAAUCGUUGAAUGCAACAAAAUCGAAGGACUCAGCUGGAAUAUUUUAAAUUAGCACAAAAUAUGUUUCACAUGGUUGCUUAACGAAACAAAAUUUAUGUUAGAAUUUUAGAUUAGAUUUUAGCAAAUAAGCAAGAGCCACAUCUCCAUUACUUAUUUGUUUGAAGCAUUUUGAGUUUGAGUAAAAAGUGCUAAUCACUUGACAUGGAAAUAUUGAUGUAGUUCUGUUCUUGUUUUGAAGGAAAUGCGGUUUUUGUUAUUUAGAAAAAGUAAACGAAAUAAUAUACAUUAUACAGUUAUAUUGGAUUAUAUUGCGUUUAACUUUUCGCUCGUCGCGAGCUAAGAUUGUUCUGCAAGUAAAGUUUUUCAAACUUUUCGUUAUUCCUCCAGCGACGAAGAUUUUGUUUUGUUGAUUAUCUUGCAAUUCGCAACUAUUCACUGAAACAAAAUUCUUGUGGCUGGCGUGAAACGGGACGCUUGAAACAACGUCACUCGCCCAAAAACUCGCCAGCGACAAUCGAAAACCGUAAGUAAAUAAUCAAGUCAAGUUAUUCUUUAUGUGAUGGUAACGCGCUAACCUGUCUUGUUAAACGGCGGGUAAAAUGGAUGUGAACCAAAAACUCGAGCGUCAUGUACGAAACGACACAUCUACACGUAUUUUUUUUUAAAAUUAUAGAAUUACACUGACUUUUAAAACGUUACAUUUAAUUUUAGUUGAGCUUUUUUUUUUUUCUGUAUUGCGCCAAAUUAUUUCUUUCAUUGACCAACAGUACUCACUGUAAUAAGGUAUAAUUGGAAAAUAUUCUGGAAUCUAAUUUUUAUUUUACGGCAGUUUUAUAUUUAGAAUUAUGCUUGACGAUCUCUAAUUUUAUUCUCCGAUUGAUGUCAUUUCUAAUUUCUCUUUAUUCCGCCAAUGGCAGGGAAUCGCCCGUGUGCUUAAAUUUUUGUCUCGCUGAGUAGUUGGAAAAUUCGAACUAUUAAGCGAGACAAAAUCUCUGCCCUUGGCCACAGGACGUGAUCUUCGGAACUUUUAUUAUAUAAGAUUUGUAUAUGGUAAAGGCUCGUUUCCAUUUGACGGCAUUUUGCGUCAUAGCGCGAAAGCUCACGAGUUUUUUUUGUUAUCGCAUGCGCACAACAACAAAAAUUAGAGAUUUUGUCCAAGUGCGCAUGUACUAACAAAAAAGCUCGUGAGCUUUAUGCGCUGUGGCGGAAAAUUCAGUCAAAUGGAAACGAGCCUUUACUAAUACAUAAGCUUCAGAAUUUUAUCAUUUAUAUUUUGUAUUUUGUAUUCCACUCAUAGAGAGAUGAAGAUUUGUAUGUAAUACACUCACUCCUCAA